CUGUGACGCACAUACGUCUUUCGCUCAGUGCGCGCUGAUGGCGGACAACAGCUACUUCACAGACGCCCAGAGAGUCCGCAGAGAGAAAGUCACUUCCCAGAGACGCCCGCACCGGGGCUGUAGCGCUGUCAUUUAAGCACCUGUUUUGGGAAGUAGAGGGAGGUUACUUAUAGUCCCUUUUUGUAGCGGGUUUCACUUUGAACGGGGUAAUAUGUGGGACCGGGGAAUAGUGGACUGUGAUAGACCGGGCAGGAUUUAGACAACCCAUGCGGCUCUGUAACUUAGUGACAGAAAUAACAAAAGCCCCAAAAGAAGACGCUGCCCGACCCGAGGAUAUUAUUAUAGUCCGACUGUGGAUAUCUGCUCCGCCAGCAUGAAGUUUGCGGAGCACCUGUCUGCCCAUAUUACUCCAGAAUGGAGGAAACAAUACAUUCAGUACGAGGCUUUCAAGGAGAUGCUCUAUGCGGCCCAGGACCAGGCCCCAUCCAUAGAAGUCACAGAUGAAGACACCGUCAAACGAUACUAUGCCAAGUUUGAGGAGAAGUUCUUUCAGACGUGUGAAAAGGAGCUUUCCAAGAUCAACACAUUCUAUUCAGAGAAACUGGCUGAGGCACAGCGCCGAUUUGCAACUUUGCAGAAUGAGCUGCAGACGUCUCUGGAUGCCCAGCGGGAGAGCAAUGCUCCAGGGCUGCGCUGUCGCCGCAAAACAGUGUUGCCUUUGUCCAACAAAGAGCGCAACAAACAUCGCAACAUCAAAGACCUGCAGCUGGCCUUCAGCGAGUUCUACCUCAGCCUCAUCCUCCUGCAGAAUUACCAGAAUCUGAACUUCACUGGAUUCCGUAAGAUUCUGAAGAAACAUGACAAGAUUCUGGACACACAGCGUGGAGCUGAUUGGCGUGUGGCUCACGUGGAGGUGGCUCCAUUCUACACCUGUAAGAAGAUCACACAGCUCAUCUCUGAGACUGAGGCUCUGGUGACCACAGAGCUGGAAGGAGGUGACCGUCAGAAGGCCAUGAAGAGACUGAGAGUUCCACCUCUUGGAGCAGCACAGCCUGCACCUGCCUGGACCACCUUUCGUGUGGGACUGUAUUGUGGGGUCUUCAUUGUCCUGGCUGUCGCCUUUGUCCUUACUGGUGCUUUUUUCAUUCGUAAUCAGAACAUCUGGCCACUGGUACGCAUCUACCGUGGUGGUUUCCUGUUGAUUCAGUUUCUCUUCCUCUUGGGGAUUAACACUUAUGGCUGGAGGCAGGCGGGUGUCAAUCAUGUGCUGAUCUUUGAGCUGAAUCCUCGAAACAAUCUUUCACAUCAACAUCUGUUUGAGAUUGCUGGGUUUUUGGGGGUGUUGUGGUGUCUCAGCAUCCUAUCCUGUCUGUUUGCGGACUACACUUGGCUCCCUAUGCAGGCGAACCCCCUAAUCCUCUACGGCUUCAUGGUGCUCUUCCUCAUCAACCCCUUCAAAACUGCCUACUACAAAUCCCGUUUCUGGCUCAUCAAACUUCUGUUCCGUGUCUUCACCGCCCCAUUCCACCGUGUGGAGUUUGCAGACUUCUGGCUGGCAGAUCAACUCAAUUCUCUGGUCAUUGUUCUGUCGGAUCUGGAGUAUCUGGUCUGUUACUACAGCAUGGAGCUGCAGUGGGGAGAUCGCAGCGGCUUACUGCCCUCCACAUAUGGUGAUGAAAGGUGUAACAGCUAUUCUUAUGGAGUUCGGGCCAUCAUCCACUGUCUGCCUGCCUGGCUGCGGUUUGUUCAGUGUCUGCGACGUUACCGUGACACCAGGAGGGCCUUCCCUCACCUGGUGAAUGCUGGGAAAUACUCCACCACCUUCUUUGUGGUCACAUUUGCGGCCCUCUACAGAACUCAUAAAGAUCAGAUACACGCCGAUGCUGAGGUGUUUUUCUACAUGCUGAUCCUGUCUUCAGUUGUCAGUUCACUCUACACACUGAUCUGGGACCUAAGGAUGGACUGGGGUCUUUUUGACCGCAAUGCAGGCGAGAAUACCUUCCUGAGAGAGGAGAUCGUUUACCCACAUAAAGCCUACUACUACUGUGCCAUUAUAGAAGAUGUGAUCCUGCGCUUCGCCUGGACACUGCAGAUCUCUCUGACUUCCAUGACUGCCAUUCCUUCCAUCGAGGACAUCGUGGUCACCAUUUUAGCUCCUCUGGAAGUGUUUAGACGUUUCGUGUGGAACUUCUUCCGUCUUGAGAAUGAGCACCUGAAUAACUGCGGUGAGUUCCGAGCGGUGCGGGACAUCUCAGUGGCUCCUCUAAACGAUGAUGACCAGACGCUGCUGGAGCAGAUGAUGGACCAGGAGGAUGGAGUUCGGAACAGACAGGGUAAAAAGAGCUGGAAACGGAGCUACAGCCUGUCCUUACGACGACCCCUGCUAUCCUCACAGUCUAAGAAAGAUACUAAGGUGCUCAUUGAGGAUACGGAUGAUGAGGCCUUCAGCUGAACCCAGAUCUCGCUGUCACACCACCUGUCUCUGCUUUCUGUUGGUUCCUCACAAAGCUGCCUCAGCACACCUGACCCCAAACACACACAGAUACAUACAUAUUCACACACUCUCUCUUUUCAACACUCACCAAACCAUCCAAACACAGAGUAGUGGACAGAGUUAAGCACAAAAACAGCCGUGAGACAUAUCAGGACACAACAGUGACAUCGUACAAACACUAACACACACAUACAACGAGAUAUACACACGCACGGAAAAGCCAAGUGUGGAAUUUUCCUCAAGGUACUUUUUUUAUUAGACUUUUUCAUUUCGUUCCUCUAUAUUGAUACUUUUUUGUACAUUUGUUUAGGUUUUUGAAUCUAUAUUACUGCAUAUGACUGUUUACAAACUUAAAAUAAUAACUAGGAACUACAGGGAGGAGAGUUAUUAUAUGAAAGAAUAAUAUAUCGUACACUGCACAGACUCAAGUCGUACACUAUAACUGCAGCGCAUUUAGAAAUAACAACAGCUCAGUAGCUGAUGUUUGUUAUAUUCUUUUAGUUUUUGUUUUUUUCUUCUUUCAUUUUAUUUGUUUUUUGAGUUGUCAUGACAUCAGAGUACGGCCCUGGUGGCACUUUUUGGAAAUGCUUCAUAUUUCUAAACCAUAAAAAACAUACAAUGUUUAGAGAGUUAUUGUUUCAUCAUAUUUAAUAUGAAAAUAUUUUAUUUUUUAACAUGCAUUGCUUUGAUAUCAAAGCUGUCAUAUUUUUGCCAUGUAUGGUUUGUGUUUGAGAGAAUGGAGUGUGUGUGCGUGUGUGUGUGUGUGUGUGUGUGUGUGUGUGUGUGUGUGCUUUUGGGGAGCGAUAGCUGAUGUUAAACAAAAAGUUUAUAUUCUGCUGUCCUCCUGCUGAUGUAUAGAAUUGUUAUUUUUAUUGAUACUUUGACCAGUAAAACUACUAUAAGUAAACCUGACAUUGCUGGUUAAUAUUUGAAAUACUAUUUGGGUAAAAAAAAAAAAAAGAUCAGAUGAUUCUGUGAACUAUUUCAAAUGCAAUGAUGCACUAAACUGAAAAGAUUCAGGAAUACAGUAAUUGUCACCCAACUGCAAACUGAAUGGAAGUGGACACAUUUUUAUUGAACUAAUGUGUUUCCUACAUGGCUUUUUGUAUCACUUAUUAAGCAUUGCCAUUACCACUGCAAGCCAAAGAGGAAAUGCAAACACUGCCAGUCGAUUAUAAUUCUUAUGGUUGUGAUAUCAGUUUUAAAUGUUGUGCAUCAAAAAGUAGUUCCAGGGUGGUGAGGAGACAUAAGUUUUUUCCUCAUCAACAUCUUAACUAUGGUCACAAUUUGAUUAUUUGUAUGCUUGAUGAAUGUGACAAUAUCUUUAGAAUCAGUUUUACAUUUUGAUGAAAAAAUGUGAUUGUAUGUGAUCUAUAAUGUACAUUUACAAUGUACAUUUUUGUGAGACAGGUAUAACUACCUUGUCUUUCAUACAUUUUCAUACAUAGUCUCUGAAUUUCAAACAGCAUAUUUAGGAGAAAAGCAUCUGUUUUUUGCCUCUUUAUCAUAAUGCUUCGAUAGCAGAAAGUGAAGACUGUCAUUUUAACUUACAAUGACUUUUAUUAUGAUUAAUACCCAUUGUUGUAAUCAAAAAAA